AUGGCCAAAAUCGAAAACUACCGGGUUGAUCUAAGAAUGAAAGGUAAAUUCCAUGAAGUCAGUAGCAAGUAUCUCCCAAAGAUCGCAUCGAUCAUAACGGACCACGUGAAAGUGAUGGCGCAGAAUCUGGCGCACGAAACCCUUCUGGAAAAUUACUGCCGUGCCUGGAGAGAUUACAAGGUGGCCAGCAAAGAUUUCCAGAUGCUCUUUUUACAGUAUAACAAUUGGAUUUUAAAGGAGCACCGCCCUGUAUUCUCCAUGUCCGGCCACAAAGAGCAAUUUACUAAUCUUGAGGAUAUGACAAACUUCGUGUGGAAGAACAACAUGCUCGAGCAACGUGGCCGUGAAAUCACGAGCUUGCUAUGGAAUGCCAUCAAAAAUGAUGAAAAAGAAGUGGCAAAAGUGCAAGAAGUUGUGCAGUCCUUUAAGCAAGUUAAUGCAGUUGACCUCUUUGAAAAGUUGUUCUUUGAGAUGCUGGGAGAUUAUUACAAAUCAAAGUCUAUUGAAUGGUUCCAAGGAUUGAACGCGGCUGAGUUCAUCGAAAAAGUUCUGCGGAUGAUGGAAAAAGAAAUCACGUGGUGCAAAACAUUUAUCCCUGAGAGUUCAAUUGACAAAAUGAGCAUUAUCAUCCUCGAGAAAGCUACCGAGGAGCACAUGGAUGAGAUGAUGAUGGAAUGCCAGCAGAUGCCCAAGGUAAAUCGCAAGGACGAGUUGAAAAAACUGUACAAAAUCCUAAAGAUGCUUCCUGCUGUGAGAUUUGGGCAGGGCCGUCUGACGGCGACCUUGCGAAUCACGGUGCGAAAUGAGGCCUUGCAUUCAUCCUGCUUGAACAUGGAGGAGUUUGAGGCAAACUUGCUUAUCAUUUACAAAAAGUACGGGUCGCUGAUAAGUGAGGUGUUUUCUGACGACCCUUUCUGUAUCGAUGGGCUGCAGAAAACCCUGGAGUACAAUCCUGAAAAAGAUCGCUGCGACGGCACCAGGAUGCUGGAGGAAUGUAUUAAUGAAGUGUGCAGUUCAAAAUAUUAUUCGGUUUCAGAAUCUGAUCUGAAAGCAUUGGAGCUCAAGGAUUUGCUUCCGAAACUAAAGUUAAUCUUCGAAAAGCACAACUUGCCAUUCACGAAGCCGGAUAAGGUCCCAAAUUUGAAGCACAUGCUUCUGCGUGAGGACGAGGAGUUUGAGCAAAAGAAACGCCGACUGUCUGAUUCACCGGAGUUAAUGGACCUGAAUUAA